UUCCAUAGUCAAUUUAAUUCAUAGGAAGGGUGGUACACUAUUAUUAUGUAUGAGUAGCAGCUAGCUUACACUAGAGCACAGUACAAUACAAAGAACAGCUACAGCAGUGAUGAAAAUCACACAGAAACUUUCACCCUUUUAACUCACUCACUCUGACCAAACCAACCAACACCACUCCAAUGAAUUCUUCAUCCCAACAAUACCCUUCUCUUUCUUUCUCUCUUCUCUUUAUCAUUACCCUAACCUAAUAAUUCUACUUGUAAAUUAUUUUCAAUUUUAGCAUGGGACUAUCAAAAUUCAAUGCCAAUAACUUCAUUUACUCACAAUAAUCAAAACUAAGAGUCUGGAUCCACUAAGUAACAACCAUCACUACUACUACCAUCACCAAAACGACGUCGUUUUAAACACAAAACAUGAUGUAGAAUUAACACCGUUAUUACAACAAGGAAAUAAGAAACGGUGUCGUUCUACAACAACUUCAGUUGAUUAUGUAGGAAAAAUGAACGGUGGAGAGAUAGUGGAAGUUGACGGCGGUCACAUUAUAAGGUCAAGAGGUAGAAAAGACCGUCAUAGUAAAGUUUGCACGGCGAAAGGGCCGAGAGAUAGACGCGUCCGUCUCUCGGCCCAUACCGCCAUUGAAUUUUAUGAUGUUCAAGAUCGAUUGGGCUUUGAUAGGCCCAGUAAAGCCCUUGAUUGGCUCAUUAAUAAAGCUAAGCCCGCCAUCGAUCAACUCGAUCAACUUCCUCCAUGGAAACCAAGUCUUCUUACUAAACAACAGCAACAAAACGACGACGUUUCGGAGAAACUGAACGAUAACGGUAACGGAAAUGAAAACGGCAACGAAAACGAGUUUCGUUUUCUUCAGAAUUUUAACAGUAAUAGCAACGGUUUUGUUUCGUUUGAAAGUGAAAUUGGUGAAACGACGCCGUCUUCGCCGAUUCAGUUUCCUGAUUUGCUUUCGAGAACAGAUAGUAAUGAUUUGAGGCUUUCGCUUCAACAGAAUCAGCACGUGCAACCUCAUGUGCUUUUCGCCGGAAACUUUGAUGGAAUGUUAGCGUGGAAUUCCGGUGGCGGUGGUGGUGGUGCUGCUAUUGAUACUGGUGGUAGCGGUGGUGGUGGUGGUGGUGGUGGUAAUAAUGAUGAUGCUUCAGGUGGAGGUUUUGUGUUUCAUGCUCCUUCACCGUCGCCGGUGGUUUUUCCGGCGGUGAUGUAUGGUCAGAAUCAGUAUCUUUCUCAGAGGGGACCCCUUCAGUCCAGUUACAAUCCUUCAGUUCGUGCUUGGAUAGAUGCGCCGACGUUCGUUGCUGAUUAUCGACGUCAGGUAGCUGCCACGGCUGCUUUGGGUGCCGGAUUUGCUUCUGGUGGCUUUUCUGGUUUCCGUGUGCCGGCACGAAUUGGAGGUGAUGAUGAUGAUGAGGUGCAUGGCGGUUUAUCUAACAGGCCUUCGUCUGCUUCCUCAGAUUCUCGCCGUUGAACUAGCCAACAAUUUCCUUAUCCUUCAAGAGCCUGACUUGGAAACCCUAAUUUUGGAAAUCAUGUUGGUAUGUGAUUGUUUUAUGCUUGUUUCGAAGAUUUUUGAUUGACAACUUGCUGUGUUUCUCGCUGGAUCAAGAUGCGGAGUUGGAUUUGGAAUGGUUCAGUUUGGUUCAAUGGUUUAUGCUUACUUAGGGAAUGAAGAAAAUCUGGAGUUGAAUUUUCAGGUUUUCCAUUCCCCAAAUUUCUUAUGUUAUGCUAAUUUUCAUGUUAGAGUAUUGUGUUUGUUUGUAUGUUUGGUUAUCUUUGUUGUAUUGCUAUGUUUGUUUCUAUAUUUGGUUAUCUUUGUUGUAAUGCUAUGUUUGAUGUUGUUUACUAUGUUACAAUAUAUAAGUGGCUAUGUAUCUUUUGUAUAAUUUGUUAUCAAGUUUUAGUUUUGGUAUGAAAACA